AUGGAGCUGUUAUCGGAUCAGGGCCUGCGAUUGGAUGGUCGGCGUUCAAACGAGCUUCGCCAAAUAAAGUGCAAAAUGGGUGUAUUUAGUCAACCGGACGGUAGCGCAUACGUCGAGCAAGGCAACACAAAGGUUCUUGCUGCUGUGUACGGCCCCCAUCAAGCAUCCUCGAAGAAGGGCAACUUCGAGGAAGUGAUCGUCAAUUGCCAGUACAGUAUGGCCACAUUUUCUACCGGUGAACGCAAGAAAAGACCACGAGGGGAUCGUAAAUCGCAAGAGAUGACGAUACACUUGAAGCAAGCAUUAAGUGCAUCGAUCAAAACAGAACUUUACCCACGGUCACAGAUCGAUGUGUACAUCGAGGUGCUGCAGGCCGACGGUGGAAACUAUUGUGCAUCGGUAAAUGCGGCCACCUUGGCACUAGUCGAUGCGGGCAUUUGUUUAAAGGAGUACGUGUGUGCUUGUACGGCAUCGCUCGCGAACGGUAACGUCCCACUGAUGGAUGUGUCCCAUCUCGAGGAAACCAGCGGCGGUCCUACGCUUACGGUCGCAUCAUUACCUAGCAGUGGAAAAAUCGCCUUCAUGGAAAUGUCUCAGCGGUUCCACCUGGAUCAUCUGCCAAAGGUGUUGGAGACAGCCCUGAAAGGAUGCCGCGAGGUACAGAACGUCAUCGAUCAGACUGUCCGGGAGCACGUUACGUAUCUGGGACAGGCAGGAGGUUGGGGCCACGUUAGUAAAUAA